CCUCUCUAUAAGGGUAAUAAAGAAGAGCUAAAUAAAAAACUAUACACUUAUUAUGACAAGAGAAGUAAUAGAGGACAAGAACUGGGGCCCAGAAAUGCUGAUGAUAGAACAGGAGAAGUAGUAGAUAUGAACUUGGAUGAAGAUAGAGGUGGUGAGUUUGAGGAUAAUUUAGAUGAAGACUCCCAGAAAGCGGAUAAUAGGAUUAGAGAAAAAUUUGCAGUGUGUUUUAGAGAAAAAGAGAAAGUAAAGUCAGUUUCUGCUAAUAUUGGUAGAUAUUUGGAUAAGGCAAUUAGAUUGUUGCCAGAGUCUAAUAGGAAAGAAUUUGUUGGUGUGCAUGAAGAAGUUGAGUCAAGGGCUAUUACUCUGAGAUUAGCAGAUAACAGAGGAUAA